AUGGAUCGCCAAUACGACUACUUGCAAGACCAGGAGGGUGGCGGCUUUGCAUCAGGCUGGCCUGCCACCGACCAAGUGCCAGGUCAGCAACAGCCACAUUCGUCGCUGCAAGGUCAGCAACAAUCGCAGCCCGGCGAUCAAGGGUUUCUAGACACCAGUAACGAUCGGCCAGCUGGCCAGGAGGGUCCUGGCCUCUCGGGUCGACCAGCGGGGGGAAUGAUUUCCGCGGAAUUGGCGGAUGAGGGGAAACCAGGGGGAGGCGGAGUCGGCGCGGGCGGUUCCGCCGGCGGAACCGGUGCAGGUUUCGCGGGGAAAGGCGUUGCUGGGGGAGCGUCCGCCGCAGGGGGAGGCUCCGCUGCUGGCGGAGGUUCCAACUCUCGUGGGGAAUCGUCUCUCGCGCGCAUUCUGUCGCUAGAAGAGCUCUCUACCGGGGAACUACGGUUCGGGAAACACGCGGAGUUGGAUUCCGCAGUGGGGAAGGCGCGGGAAGGAGCCUCGGGGGGAGCUGCGGGGGGACUGGGGGAAGGGGGAGCGGAACAGGCGGCAGCGGGAGGCUUGCCUGUUGUGACUGUAACGGGGGAUGAGCGGAAGAGGAUGGUGGCGGCGCUGAGGGAUGGUCGAGAUCGUGCAAGGGAUCGGACUCGACAUCUGCAGGACGCCCUAUCACGUCUCGACACGUGGCUCAACGGUGUGAGCAUGAGAAGGCGCGCGGGCAGGGGCGACGGGGCCAACGCCGUUGCUGGCGGUGCUGCCAGCGCUGGUGGCGCUAUUGGGGCUGCUGGGACGCCGGGGGAUAACAGCCGAAGCAGUGGGAGCGCUGGUGAUGGUGGUGGUGCUGUGGGAGUAGGGGCAGGAGGGGUUGCUGCUGGUGGUGGUGGGGGUGGAGGAGGAGGAGGGGGGCGGACAGGUGCGGGGCACUCGAAAGCUGGGGGGCUGCAUCAGACAAGGGAUGCCAGUGGGAGGUUCGGCACCAUGCGAGUGGGAGGGAGUGGCGGGGGAGCAGGGGGAGGGGGAGGUGGGGGAGGCUCUUCUGUUCCUGGAAGCCCGCUUCAAGGGGAAGAGAAUGCGCCCAAGAGCAGCGGAGGGGGAGGGGGAGGGGGGGCUGGGAUCACUAAAGGGCGAGCAACCCGCGGUCCUAGGACGCUGGGCGGAGGGGAUAAGGCAGGCGCGGGCGGAGUGGGAAACGCAGGAGCAGGAGGGGGAGGGGGGGGAGGAGGAGCGGCGGUGAGAAAGGCGGGAGGGGGAGCAGCAGAGAGGAAAGGGGCGUUUGGCGCACGAGCUGCUUCCCCCGCUCAUUCUGUGCAGUCCGAGAGGGAUGGUGGAGGGGAUGGGGCUGGAUUGUGGGAUCAGCAGCACCAACCGCAUUACCAGCAGCAGCAGCAGCAGCAGCAUCAGCAGGGGAAUCAGUCUGGGCUCCCCCCUACUAGCAGGGGGAGAAAGCCAGGCAAGCUGCAUAAAGCAGCAGCAGGAGGUGGAGGAGGAGUUGGCGGAACAGGCGGAGGAGCAGGGGGAGGGUCAGGGGGCAUUGGCGCAGCAGCAGCAGGGGGAGGAGGGGGAGGGGGAGCUGGUUUAGGCAUGGCUAUGUCGCCGCUAGGAUCAAUGGGAGUGAGUGAUGGGGGUGGGGAGGGGGACGAGGAGGGAUAUGGGGGGGAGGAGAUGGAUGGGGAAGGGGGAGGGGGUGGGCGGGACGGGGGGGGGCUUUGGCCGACAGAGAGUGGUAGUGUGGGUGGACAUUUAGGGGGCGCGGGGGAGAGCUUAGGGGGAGCAGGGGGAGGGGCGGGGGGGGAGACAGGAGGUUUGUCGGAGGUCCAGUCUCGAGGCACGGGAUUGGCUAAGGUGCGGAGAAAAGACAAGAAGGGCAAGCUGGGGAGAGUGAGAGAGAAAGCAGAGGGAGGAGGGGGGAUAGUGAAGGAGGAAGGGGGAGGCGGAGGAGGGGGAGCAGCGGGAGGGGCGGAUGGGGUGAGGAGGCAGGGGAGGACGGGGAGAUUAGUGGCUGCUGGCGGGUUGAGAUUGAAGAAAGAAGCUGUGUCUAGCGUGGGGAGCGAAGGGGGGGACGAUGGGGGUGUGCUGGGCAGUGGCACUGGUGGUGCUGGUGGUGCUGCCUCUGCUGCGGGUGGAGGGGGCAGUGGCGGUGGUGGGAGUGGUGGUGGUGGUGGCGCAGGAGGAGUGGUUGGAGUGGCGAAUAAUGUGAAGCAGAUUCGCACCUCUCGACUGGGAUUGGACAAAGGAGAAAGGGGCGGUAGGGUAGACAGGCGCAAUGCAGGCAACAGGGUGCAGAGGCGCAUGCAUGCAGACAGCCCAAUGGAGGAAUCCGGUGAUUCGGACGAUGAUGCGGAGGAGCUAUCGAAUGCCAUUCAGGCAGCCAUGAACACAGGAGAAGAGUCGCGUGAGUACCACACCAGUCUUUAG